AUGCCGUCAUUACGGCAAUUCGAAGGAGGGCCUUCGGGAGGUGCUUCGGGAGGUGCUUCGCGAGGUGCUUCGUCCCGGGUAAAAAACUUGUCGGCAGUGCUGAGUUGGCCGGCCACAUUCAAGCCGGCACGAGUUUACCAGCUCGCUAUAACUCGCGCGAUUGCCAACCCGGAGUGCCGACGUUUGUUGCUCAAGGCAUUGUCAGUUGACGUGCUCGUUUCCAUGGAGAACCCGGUGGAAGUGUGUUUGUGGUUCCAAGAAGAGUGGGAACACCGAGAUGACCUGAAUGAGUCUUUGUGGAUAGUACAGAGGCUGUAUGAUUGCGUGGCCAAUGCCGAGUUGCAGAGUCGGGCUGUUUCGUAUGACCCGUCGAAGGUCUGUGAUAUAGUUUACGAAGUAUUUUCUGUUGCACUGUUUUCUUGUGAAGAUCGGGAUAUCAUUCUCGACAUUAUGGAAAGGUUGCUGGUAGUGUUUAAUCAAAAGCAGCUGGUAUACUUCUUUAAGAAAGCUCUGAUGAUUGCAGUGGAUGCGCCCACACCAGCGGCCAUUUGGUGUAUUACCUUUGCCAAUGUAAUUUUAAUGAAGGCACCGGACAUUAUCAUACCUAUGAUCCAUGUUAACCCAACUUGGAAUGAUCUGGUUGAUAUCAGAGCACCUCUGUGCGCACCCGUCUCUAUGCCUGCGUCUUUACCGGAAGCUACGAGCGAGAGUCUCGAGCAAACACCCAUUCUUGAAACCCAGCUGCGCACCGCGCAGCUGUGCUGUUUUGAACUCCAGCUCCUUAAACAUCAUGCCAGUCCAGCCAUCAGAUAUGCCGCACAAAAUCUAACAAGCUCACUUAAUGAUCCAACUGCGCCCAGUCAUGCAAAGACUUGCUCUUUUUUCAUGAGGCAAAUAGAACACAACGUAUUACAAAAUGACACGCUGGGAACCAUAGCCAGCAAAUACAACGUCUCUAUUCAGUCAAUCAAAGCUAUCAACAGACUAAGGAAUAACGAGGUUAGAAUUCACCCAUCUGGUCCUGUGCAUAUGUCCCCUAAACCAUCCCACAUAAGUCUUACAAACCAUAGCAAUGCCCGUAACAAUGUUCUAAUCACCGUUAAUAAGAGUCUGCCCCCCCUCAACAGAUAUGGCCACGAAAGAGCCUAA